UCCAACCAAAGUGAUAUUAUCGUACAGGGGAUGGAUAAUAAGGCUGUGGACACAGCAUGGUGUGGCACAGUAAUUGAUCGCUUUUUGCGAUAUCCUGGUGAUAAAUAGAGGAGUGUUCGUUCGGUUAGUUUAAUAACUCCUUGCCUCUGCAGUGGAAAGUCUGUCACAUAUCGCAAAGCACUGUUUUCGGAUCACACCGUAAGCCUAAGAGUUACUUUAUUUCGGUCUCUGAGUUGAGGAUUUCAAACAAAACAGAAGACGUUUCGCCACAAGUCUCGCGGUUGAGGACGUCUUCUGCUCAGCAACUGACAACCUACCAGAAAUUCUGCAGACACACGGAUGGCUUCUGAUAAUUCCUGCACAGGCUACAGGCUAUUCAUGGUUAGGCUGAAGUUAUGAAGUAGCUCGAAACAAGGUCUGGUGACAUUCUGACAACAUUGUUUCAAAGAAACCCAGGUUUAGCGAACCUAUGUCAUAGGACCUCCAAAACCUACUUGAGGACAAAUCAUCGUUGAUAUUUAAACAAUCCGGAGAUGCAGACGUUUCUGAAGGGUAAACGCGUUGGCUACUGGCUCAGCGAGAAGAAGAUCAAGAAGUUGAACUUCCAGACAUUCGUGGAAAUGUGCAGGAAAAGGGGCAUUGAAAUAAUCCAGCUGGAUCUGAGUCGACCUCUGGAGGAGCAGGGCCCGCUGGACAUGAUCAUCCACAAGCUGACUGACCACAUCCUGGAGGCAGACCAGAGAGACACACAGGCCCAGCUACUGGUGCAGAGUGUUCAGGAUUACAUAGACGCCCACCCAGAGACUGUGGUCCUGGACCCGAUGCCUGCUAUUCGUACCCUGCUGGACCGUGCCAAGUCCUAUCAGCUGAUCCACAAAAUUGAGGACUUAAUGCAAGAUGACCGGAUCUGCUCCCCUCCGUUCCUGGUGGUGAGGAAUGAGUGUGGCCGAGAAACGCUGGGUCAGCUUCAGCAGCAUGGCAUCACCUUCCCCUUCAUCUGUAAGACCCAGGUGGCACAUGGCACCAACUCUCAUGAGAUGGCCAUCAUCUUCAGCGAGGAGGACCUGAAGAACAUCAAGCCUCCCUGCGUCAUCCAGAGCUUCAUCAACCACAACGCUGUGCUCUACAAGGUGUUUGUGGUCGGCGAGGCCUACAGCGUGGUCGAGAGGCCGUCACUCCGGAACUUUCCCACCGGCCCAACAGACAGAAGAGCCAUAUCCUUCAACAGCCACAAUGUCUCCAAGCCGGAGUCUUCGUCCGACCUGACCUCUAGGGAAAAUCUGGAAGGGCAGUCCCAAGUGCCAAGUGACGACAUCAUUCAGAUGAUCUGCAGAUGCCUGCGACAGACCCUGGGAAUAUCCCUGUUUGGGAUUGACAUCAUCAUCGACAACCAGACUGGCCAACAUGCUGUCAUCGACAUCAAUGCAUUCCCAGGUUACGAGGGGGUUCCGGAGUUCUUCGACGACCUCCUGAGCCUCGUGACGAGCGCGCUGCAGGCCAAGGCCUCCACGGGCGGGGUCGUCCCGCGGGCGCAUGCCCGGGCGGGAGGUGUCCAGGGACAAGGACAGGGCAACCCUCCCGCUGUGGAGACACCGGCCUGCACCAAGCCCCGCAUGGUGGGAUGCAACGCGGACGUGUCGGCGACGUUCAAGAAACACUGUGCGCCCUCAUCUUUAGCAACAAAGGCCUCGUCCCAGUGACCGCAAAAACGUGUGUGUCUGUAUACUGUAUGAGUAAGUGAGUGAGUGGUGUGUGUGUGUGUGUGUGUGUGUGUGUGUGUGUGUGUGUGAAAGUGUGUCUACUUCUUGAAAACCAAGGCCUUGUCUAUGGUUAAUGGUUUACAAAGUGACGGAAGAUCAACCCAUAUUGAUUGACCAGUCGAUGCCUUCUGACAAAGACUCCAUGGCCGCCUGUCUGUCUGUGCCAAUAGGUUUCUUUCAUGAUUCUAACUGCAGCUUAAAAGGUUGGCAAUGAGUGAGGUACUUACUGUGCAACCAUCUGCAGGACUGUGUUAGACAUUAAGAGAUAAGAAAAGGAGUUUCGGGAAUGAAGAGUUGAAUUCUAGUACUGGAUUACAUGAACUGUUUUCAAGUGUGAGUACUUGACUGUAUGAUGUGUAUUUUGCACUCUUGUGUCCUUGAAUCUCCAAUAUAUAUAUAUAUAUAUAUAAAGAGUUCAGAUGCAAAAGCCUCUAAACACCACCUCCGUCAAAAAUGAGAUAAAGAUGGUGAGUGAAUGCUCUCCACACAUAGCAUACAUGAAUCAAAUCAUUUCGCUUCAAAACCCGCUAAAUACCACUCUUCCUGGUCUGAUUGAUUUGGAGGCAAAAACCUAUAGGAGCCUGAUAAAAAAUGCUGGUUUAAAAGAAAAGUGGUCAGACGGAUUUAGAGGGUUUUGCAUCUGAGUUUGGUUCCAAAACACCAUAUCCUC